CUGAUGAAACGGAAUACAAGAAAAUAAAAAGGAAAAACAAAAACAAAAGCCAAAGCUAAAGGCGCCGCCACCGAUGAUCAUUGCGUAAAGUUUAUCGUUUUUGCCGCUGCUUCGCUUCUGUUGCUGUUUCAUUUUCAGUUUCAGUUUCAGUUGGCCGAUGGUGCGCUUACAAAACGCCGGUUGUCGGCGGACGCGUUCGCUUUCGCGCUCCUCCAAAACCGAAAUCCCCGGCAGACCCCGCACACUCGGAUACUCACUCACCCACUCACUCACACUCACUUAAUUUUGGGGGCGGUGAAAGUGCAACUGGAAAGUGCAGCGGAGGGGCGGGGCACUUAGGGGGGUUCAGGGGCAGCACUCUGGAGCGAACUUUGGCAAUUGGCUGGCGUUAUUUUUGGAUUAAGCAGCGCCAAAUUGUAACAGACGAACGAACAACGACCGACAAUUAACGAUUAACAUUAAGUCCAUCUGAAGUAGGAUUCUUUUUUAAGCCGCCCACUUACUGCCGGCAAGGAAGAACAACAAAAGAACACCGAUAGGCAGAAUAAAGUCGAGUAGAAAAUUUUAAAAAAUAUUUUUAUCCGCAAUAUUUUUUUGAAAAACUUUCGAAGACAUCCGAAGUAGAAGUUGCACACAGAGAGCUCCGAGGCAAACAAAGUCAGCCAAGACGGAAUCGAAGUUAAACAUUUGAAAGGAGCAACUUGAGUCCGCAGGAAGAAGCAGUCCAGAAAGGAUACACAUACAUAUAUAUAUCUAUAUCUAUACGUACAUAUAUAUAAAAUGGCCGCCCUACAACGGAAGCUGGUGCACAAGCAGUUCAACUCGCCCAUGGGCCUCUAUUCCCAGGAGAACGUGAAGGCCACCUUGAACCGCGAGCUGAAAGCCUUCGGCGGCGAGGGGAUUGAAGUCGACGACCAAAUCUCGAAGCCCCUGAACUUGGCCAACUCGGCCGUUCUGCGCGCCGUCGAAGAGGAAGAACAACAAGCCAAAUCUGAUUUCUACCCCAGUGAAAGGCGGAGUCGCCAGCGUCACCGUGGCGAUGGGGAUGCACUGCAUCACACGCUGCACCAGCAGCUGCUGGACCAGAUCAAAACGGACUACCUCAGCCACCAGCAGGACAUCACCAUCGAUCGGGACACGGUGCUCAAGAUCAACCGUUUGGCCACCAAGAGGCAUCUGCUCAAGCGGGAUCACAGCUGGCCGCCAGUGGAGCAGGAUCAGCUGGCUAUCAAUGCCGAUCAGGGUCAUCCGGUCGCCUGUAGUCCCUCGCACAGUAUUGAGGCUCUGAGGGAGAAGUUCCAGAGUCCCACCAGGAUUGUGGAGCCAACGGCCAAGCAGGUGAGGGAGCAGCGACAACGAGAGGGUGGUGGCUCUGGCUCCAAGGAGAGAUCCAAAACCCCCCAAAGGGUUGAGCUCUCGGAGGUUUUCCAUCAAACCCCCCUGGCGAAGGGCUUUUCCGCUCCCGAAACCAAAGCAGCCGACGUGGACUUGGGUCUGGUGGCGCCACGCUGCGAAUACUACGAGCAGUUGGCAAACAAACGGCCCACCACUCCCACCUCUCUGCCCACUCCAGUGACCCCAUAUCGUCCGAGGCCGAAGCGACAGGCCUACUCCCUGGAUCGUGGUCGUUCCCGCAAGCGGACAGUGGGUGCUGCGCCAGAACUUCCACCGCCCAAGCCACGAACACCCCAGAAAGUGCCAAAGGUGCAGCGCCGAUGCAUCAAGAUGGCCACCGAGGUGAAGAUCUCCUACGACAGCGAGGAGGAGCCCCAUUCCGGCCAAGAGGUGGACUUGGAGACCUUGCCGCUGCCACUGCCGCCGACGCCAGCUGCCGUGGGUCUCAAAUCAAGUCAAGCGAAGACAGGGGGCCAAGCGAUAAUUGACAGCCUGGCAGUUAAGCAGCAGCAGCAGAUGGCUCUGGCUUUGGCCACAAAUGGGAGCAAACCAAAUCCCAGUCCCUUGGCCAACACUCGCAUUGUGCCCGUUCGCGUGGAAUCGUCGACGGAUCCGGUGAAGCUGAGUGCCCAGCAGAUCUACGACGACGCCUGUUCGUAUCUGCAGGAUCAGCAGGAGAUGGAGGAGGAGAGUCCCACCUAUGUGAGUGCCACCAGUGGCAUCAAGUUGCUCCAGCGGCAGGCGAGUAGUACGCCAGGAACUCCCAUUCCAACGCCACCUCCUCCUCCGCCGCCGCCUGUGAUGCGCACCAAGUCUGGCCAGGAUUCGCUGGCCAGGGAGAAGCUGACGAGAAGACAGGGCGGCAUCUACCGACUGGAAACGGAGACGGAGAAACAGCACGAGGCCCAUGUGGAGAUUGCCCAGCUGGAGGCGAAAUAUGCCCACAUACAGCAGUCCAUAGCGGAGCACCUGCUCCAGAUCGAUGCGUAUAUGGAGAAUGCCAAGCAGGCGCUGCAGAGGAGUGCCCAGACCACACCCACUCCUCCCCCUCCUCCCCCUCCGCCACCUGCCAGACCCAUUAGUUCGGCAUCCAACGAAUCCUGGGACAUCUUCGCCCAUCGCCAGUCGCCCAUUUUGGCCGUGGAGAGUCCACUGCAGGCCAUCCUCCGCCAGAUUUACACCCGGGCAGCUGGAUUGCCCACGAGGCUCUCCAAAGAGAUUAAGGAGGAGACCGCCGCUGGUGUCCCGUAGGAGGAAGAGGAGUCCCUCACCGAAAACGUGCCCAUUGUGGAGCGGGCACUGGAGGAUCUGCACAAGAUUGCCGUGGCGCUGGAGCAAAAACCGGAGACCGCGGAGCACACAGAACACGUAAAACUCCGCACAACGCCAGCUGUCAUUCAAGCCGAGCACGUAGUCAUCAAGGACGAGGCGGAGGAGGAGGAGGAGGAGCAAGUCGAGGACAUGGAGUACAGACACGUAUCGGAUGUAAUUGCCAACUAUGAGCAGUUGACCAAAAAGGAGUUCGAGGAGUGGCAGGAGGAGCAGGUGGUUCCAGCCAAAACAGAGCUACGAAAGGCCAUCGAAGAGCAGCUGGCCAAAAAGGAGUUGAGGGAGAAGGAUGAGAAACAGGAUUCAAUUGAGAAACCUCUGACCGGAAAGGAGAGUGAAAAGGCUUUGGAAACAGAUCCUCCAAUAGACGUAGAUAAAUCCUGCCUCCAUGAGGAUGCCUCCACCUACUGCCCAGUUUGCGAUGAGCUGCGCUGCUCCCCGAAUAACUGGGGUAAACUCAACAAAGCGGACCAGUGGCGCAUUGCCAAUCUGCACAACGAACCGCUGCGGAACUACAAGGCCACCUAUGAGAUUCGGAGUCCCUACAUUUCGCGCCAGAUCUCCUGGGAGGAUGCCCAGUCGGCCAAGGAGACUGCCUCGCCCGAGAAGCUGCAGCGUCAGCGGAGUUUUGUGGAGAUCGUGACCACGCCAGCUCCGGAUUCCAAGCCUCCAACCCCGCCGCCGCCGCCUCCUCCACCGAAGCAGAUGAACCGAAGCCUCCAACCGGAAACGGAAACGGAAAAGGAUAUUACCUGGGAGCGCAGUCGUUCUCCCAGUCCGCUGCCAUCUCGCAAGUAUCCUGCUCCACUCAUCGAAGCCCCACAGCGUUCCAGCUCACCAUAUGGUCUGAAUCCCGUCCAGGCGAGGGCCACACCGUCACCAGUUAAUCCUCCGGCAAAAUUCUCGCAUGUUCCCCAGAUGGAAGGCCAUAAUAUCGGACUCCUGGUGAAAACGGCCACGGAGCCACUGCAGCAGAGCAUGUCGGCAUCCUCCUCAAUGCUGGCUGCCACGCCCCCGGCCACGCCCCGUUCUGCGGCCCAGCCCUCGCCCUUCGAAUUCCCCAGUCUCGAGUCCGGGGAACAGCACAAAUUCCGAUCCCUCGCCUCCUUCGACGAGGUGCAGCGAGAUUUCAGCGUCAACCGAUCCUUCGAUAAUGUCUCGCCACGCCCAUAUUUGGGCAUUGAAGGCUACAAGCGUGUGGCCUGGCCACCGGCCUCGGAGGAGCGGAUCAUCCGGGAGUUCACCCCCCAGCCCCAAACCCAGAGUCCCGCCCCGGGCUCCGGGGGCUACUAUCCGCAGGCUCAGGCUCAGGCACAGGCCCACCUACCCGCUACUGCCCCACCCCAGGGUCCCAUUUAUAACAACGUCCAGCCACGCACCACCCAACCACCACAAAGUGUCUACGCACCAGCACCGCAACCCGCCUCCAACACAGAUAGUUAUCCACAACAGGAGCAGCAGCAACCUGUGCAGUACACACAGGCCCAGUUCAAUCGGCAGAGGUCGAGGGAACCCGUCCAGGUUCCGGCUCCAUCUCCAGACCCCGCGUCCGAUCGCAAUGGCUAUGCCCAUCCCAACUAUCAGCCGAACUAUCCGCAGGAGCAGCCAGGCGGUGGCUGGAAGCAUAUCGGUGCCCCGCUGCCCAAGUCGCGCAGUGAUUAUACCGCCGCCGGAGGAGCCUAUCCUCCCUUCCAGGGAUCCCCACAGCAGCAGCAGCAGCAGCAGCCAUCCUAUCAGCAGCCAUCCUAUCAGCAGCCGCAGCAGCAGCAGCAGCAGUACGGUGCUCCGUCUUACGAUGGCCACCAGCAGCAACCUGCAACACAAUGGCAACAGCAGCAACAGCAACAGGUGCCACAACAGCAAUAUCAGCCCCAGGUUCAGGCUCCCUACCAGCCACCACAGUGGAACCAACAGCAGCAGCAGCAGCAUCAGCCAUCGUACCAGUCUUCACCGUACCAGCAGCAGCAACAACAACAGCAGUCAUCCUAUUACCCACAGCAAAACGGUGGCUCGACCUUUGCUCAACCCCAAUACAAUUCUUAUUCGCAGCCCCAGGUGCCGUACUCGCAGGAUCAGACCGAUCUGCAGCAGCAGCAGCAUCCUGGAGCCUUCGCCGGCCAGGAUAGCUACCGGGGCGCCAGUCCCGGCAUUAUCACCCUGCGCAAGGAGGCACCAGUCAGCCAGCAGCCUGCGCCAGUCUACACUUCGCAGCCUGCCGCCGUCAGCUAUCAGGGAGGCAGCAAAUUGCGCGGAGAUUUGAAAUGGCCACCACCGGAGUACAAGGAGGCAGCGGCUCGCGAGAACGAGGAACGUCGCCAGUUGGCGUUGGGCCCCGUCUGCCGUCCCAGGAGAAUCAACCGGGACUACACACCCUUCUUUGCCAAACACCAGUUGAACAACGGCUAUCCCAGCUACAAGGUGCCACCCGGCACCCAGCACAUGUUCGGUUAAGUCGAGAAGGGAAAUUUUAAGAUGCACAGAACAACAGCAGAAAAUUCAAUGGAACCCACUUCAUAAUAAUACUGAAAACGAUCAUGUAUAUGUUACUAAAACGAAUCACUAACGAACCAAACAAUAUAUAGGAUAUAUACAAUUGUUAUACUAAUCUUAAUUGACCACUAACGACGCCAUAUAUAUACAUAUGUUACGAAACGAACCCAUGAUAGGUGAAUGCAAUACUACAGCAGGUGUCACUCCAUCCCAUGAGUCAUCAUCGGAAUUUUCUGAAUAAUGGAUGCUUGCUGAAUUUUCGAACAGCAGGCACCCAUUGAAGAUGAUUAAGAUGGUGAUGAUUAGUGGGAAUGGAACCCUGAUCCGGAUGCCCAAACGGGGCGAUGGAUAACGAUAUUCUCUAUGUACCCAUACUAUAUACACAUAUUUGGAGCAUGUGCAUAUAGUAUGGCUAAGAUAGCAGAGCAGUG